AGAAAAUGAGGUUUCAAGCGGCGCGGCGCGGGAAAGCUGCCACAAAGACAAAGAUCUUCUUUUCUCGAUCGAACGAAAAUCUUCUCGGAAUGGUUCCGUUCCACAACUUCUUCCUUUGCACCGGCAAAAGCCUGGAUGGUACAGCAACACCCCCACCACUGCGCAACACACUAGGCCCACCCAACUACCCAACAAUGUCGUCGUCAUCCGAAGGCAUCAAGUGCGCUCCUUCCAAUAAUCUCAACGUUGGGUAUCCCCAAUUCCCCACGGCGAAAGAGCUCCACGCUCGAUUGGUCGAGCUGACCUCGGUGCGUMCGGUUGCGUCGCAUUGCGUCGCGUUCGCGCUGCGCUGCCUUCUGUCUGGUCGCUGCACAGCGCACUGCAUCCUGUGYGUUCGUCUUCAACCGACCCGUCCCGCGGCGAAAGAUACCUUUCUUGCUUCCGUUUGUUCUGUUCUGUUUUGGUUCUUGCGCAGUGUGUUGGAUUCCUGGCGUCGAUUGCUUCCGUUCCAUCGUGUUUUGUUGCUUGGUUCGGUGAUCGUGCCRAAACGCCGAUGCUCGUUCGCUGUUCRUUCGCUGUUCGUUYGCUUUUCUUUUCCGACACCUAAURCUCUGCUGCUGCACACGCGAUGCGUACCACAAACGACCAGGCGGGAGGCGGCGGAGAGUUCGUCGUGAGGAACUUCGUCGGCGUCAUCCGGGACAUUUCCGUCCCGGCCUCGACGGUCGAAACGGACCUCUUUCCCAGGGGGGCCCUCGAGUACUACACGGCCAAGAACAUGGGCUGGGACUACACCGAAGAGGACCGCGACAGGUGGCAGAUGGACGAGCGGGGCGGUGCACAGGGGGACUACCGGGAGGGAAUGCCCGAAAAAAUCGCCAACGUCGUCGACUGCCUCCGGAAYGAGCCCCUCAGCAAGCGGGCGGUGAUCCCGAUCCCCUACGCGACGGYAGGAUCGGCCACCAUCGACUGGAGGGACCGGGGCCAGAACAAGUGCUGCCGGGAGCUGCACUUUUACCUGGAGGACGGAAAGCUCAAGUGCACCGGGAUCGUUCGGAUGCAGAACGCCAACAUUUUUGUCAAGAACGUCCACUUUUUUGCGACCCUCAUCGGGCACGUCGCGGGCGAGCUGGGGGUCGAGGUGGGGGAAUACACGCACUGGAUCACCAACGUGUGUCUGGACCGGUCGGCGACCUCGUGCUGACGUCUUUCUAGUUGCGCAUURMACCAAGAGCUUGUUCAACUUUUCGCGYUGGAGAUUGUUUCCUUCUAGUCAUUGCUAUYCAUCAUAACAAUGUA